UUACUGUUUGUGAUGUAGGGACCCAAAGAGGACCAAGAGUCAGAGUCGGAACUAACUGUGACUCAGCUGAAGGCACUGCGAAAGCAGCAGCAAGCAAAAUUAGAAAAGACAAUGUUGGGAGAGGACUCUGAUGAGGAAGACGAGAAAGAGGAGAGACAUGAGAGGAGUCAGAACACUGAUAUGAGCUGCUCGUGGGGAAUGGGGGAGGAUGCUGAGGAGGAUGACGUUGAAGAAAACCCUAUUGCUAUUGAUUUUCAGAAUGUUCAAGAUGCCUUCUACAUGAAAGAUCCUCGGAAGGCCUUACAAGGCUUUUUUGACAGAGAAGGAGAAGAGUUAGAAUAUGAAUAUGAUGACCGUGGGCACAAUAGCUGGCUGUGCAGGAUCAAGUUGCCUGUGGAUGAUGCAUCAGGGAAGCAGCUGGUGGCAGAGGUUCUCCAUUCAGGGAAGAAGAAGGAAGCGAUGGUCCAGUGUGCGCUGGAAGCUUGCAGGCUACUCGAUGCUCGAGGAGUGCUGAGGCAAGAAGCAGUGUCCCGAAAAAGGAAAUCAAAGAACUGGGAAGACGAGGAUUUUUAUGACAGUGAUGAUGACACCUUCCUUGAUCGUACUGGUGCUGUAGAAAAGAAACGACUGAACCGAAUGAGAAAAGCUGGUAAAAUAGAAGAAAAACCAGAGACUUAUGACUCCCUGGUCACCAAGCUAAACGAAGCUGAAAAGGAGCUUUCUGAGAUAACAGAGAAGCUGAAGGCUUCGGGGAAAGUCCAGUCCCAGCCAGCAGCUCAAGAUUCCUUGGAUGAAUUCAUGACCGAAAUAAAAUCAGGAUGCAGCUUAGACGGUGUGGCACGGAAGAAGCUUCACCUGCGGUCAUUUGAACUGAAGAAAGAGCAACAGAGAUUGAAAGGGUUAAUAAAGCUUGUCAAGCCUGCAGAACUGCCUGAGCUGAAGCCCCAUGGGAGUUACAGUCUGGAAGCAGAGAACAAGCCUAAAAAGAUUACACUGCCUCUCUUUGGUGCAAUGAAAGGAGGGAGCAAAUUCAAGCUGAAAACUGGAAGCCUAGGGAAGUUGCCUGUUAAGCGUCCAGACAUCCCUGAAAGGUUGUUAAAAAUGAAAGAUGAUGAACCAGAGGAGGAGGAAGAAGAGGAAGAAAUGGAGGAGGAGCAAGAAGUAGAUGCAAUAAAGAGCAAAGCAUCAAACCUGGAAACGAAAAUGACAACAGAGGAAGAAACAGGAGAAGAAACUAAUGCUCCCAAUGGUUCUCCCUGCAAUAACAAGAAUCUAGAAUCCCUGCAGGAUGCAUCUGAGGCGGCUUGUAAGGAACCUGAAGAGACAUCUGAGAAAGCUAAGAAAAUCAAUAGCUCAAGCAAGGUCCAACAACCUUUUUUUUCCUCAGAGUACCCAGAUGACGACCCAGAUUACUGCGUAUGGAUUCCUCCUGCAGGUCAAAGUGGUGAUGGCAAGACUCAUCUCAAUGAAAAAUAUGGCUACUAAACUUCCCAGAGUACAUCUGAGGUUUGAAGGACUGCUCCGUUUUGGAUUCUUUCAUCACACAUUAAGUCAGGGACAGAAGAGUUGGUUUUUCAGAUGCUGUUCCAAAUUCAAGGGCAUCAGCAGCCACUCCGGCUAUUAGCUCUCCCUAUGUGUUCUGUUUGUCUUCCAGAUAUCUUUUUAAAAAGCCCUCACAUUCUUCUGCCUCUUCUUCCACUUUUAGCCUUGUUCUUCUUAUUUGACUUAAAACUGUAGGCUCAUUUUUCUUUUUGUAAAUAAAAGGAUACAAAAA